GUGUUGCUAUGUCCGUUGCUAUGUUUUUUAUAUUAAGGAAAAGUGGCAUGUACUUUUAAAAUAAUUUUACAAUAUGUCUCCUUUUCUGUUUUUCAGUUUUAGUUUCUUAUUUGAAACGACAUGUAUAUAUGGACUGCUGUUGAAGUAAUUCAUAAAUCUCCUUCUAAAAUAUAAGAGCAACAUGCUGUUGUCGAGAACAAAGCCAGCUCAAGCGAGUGGAAGUACUGCUUCUGUAGAUUCUAAGAGCCGCUCUAAAGUUCCUACUCUAGAAGAAUUUGUUAAAAACAGAGAUUUCACUGGAGCACUUACAUUGUUAGAAUUUUCUAGAAAUAGUGGAAAAGGUGACCUCAGGAAUGAUUUAUGGAUAGCUUACUGUGCCUUUCAUCUCUCAGAUUAUAGAAGAGCUAUGGAGGAAUAUAACAAAAUUCUGCAGAGAGAAGAUGCACCAGCUGAAGUUUGGACAUACUUAGGAUGUUGUUAUUUUUAUCUAGGAAUGUAUAAAGAAGCAGAUGCAGCUGUGACUAAAGGGCCAAAAUCAGAUCUGCAGAAUCGCCUACAAUUUCAUCUUUCUCAUAAAUUUGGAGAUGAGAAGUUGUUAAUGGUGUAUCAUCAGCAGUUGAAAGAUAUACUGGAAGAUCAGUUAUCUCUGGCUUCUAUUCAUUAUCUAAGAUCUCAUUAUCAAGAAGCCAUAGAUAUAUACAAGCAUAUUCUUCUGGAUAACAGGGAAUCAAUUGCACUGAAUGUUUAUGUUGCACUCUGCUAUUAUAAAUUAGAUUAUUACGAUGUCUCACAAGAAGUUUUGGCUGUGUAUUUGCAACAUUAUCCUGAUAGUGCUACAGCUGUGAAUUUAAAAGCAUGUAAUCAUUUUCGCUUGUACAACGGGAAAGCAGCUGAAGCUGAAUUGAAAAGUUUGCAAGACAUAUCAUCUCCUUCCUUUACAUAUGCAAAAGAUUUAAUUCGUCAUAAUUUGGUAGUAUUUCGUGGUGGGGAAGGUGCUCUUCAGGUCUUGCCUCCAUUAGUUGAUGUAUUUCCAGAAGCUAGAUUGAAUUUAGUCAUUUAUCAUUUGAAACAAGAAAAUGUUCAAGAAGCUUUUAACCUAAUUAAAGACCUUGAACCAGCUGUACCUCAUGAAUAUAUAUUAAAAGGUGUUGUGAAUGCAGCUAAUGGACAAGAACAAGGAUCACGAGAAUAUUUGAAAGUUGCUCAACAGUAUUUUCAGUUAGUUGGUGGAUCAGCAAGUGAAUGUGAUACGAUUCCUGGACGACAGUGUAUGGCAUCCUGUUUUUUCUUGUUAAAGCAAUUUGAUGAUGUUUUACUUUAUUUAAAUUCUAUCAAAAGUUAUUUUUACAAUGAUGAUACAUUUAAUUUCAACUUUGCACAAGCAAAAGCUGCUACUGGUAACUUCAAAGAGGCAGAAGAGGUUUUUCUUCUAAUUCAAAAUGAAAAGAUAAAAAAUGAUUACACAUACCUCAGUUGGUUGGCUCGGUGUUAUGUAAUGAAUAAGAAACCUCGACUGGCUUGGGAAUUAUACUCAAAACUUGAACACUGCAACGAAUCUUUUAGUCUACUUCAACAGAUUGCCAAUGACUGCUACAAGAUGGGGCAGUUUUUCUAUGCAGCAAAAGCUUUUGACAUUUUAGAACGAUCGGAUCCCAAUCCUGAAUUUUGGGAGGGUAAAAGAGGAGCAUGUGUUGGAGUUCUACAAAUGAUUAUUGCAGGGCAUGAGCCAAGCGAAUCAUUACAAGAAGUAUUUCAAAUUCUGCGCAGCACAACUAAUCCACAAGCCGAAAAAAUAAUAAGAGUUGCUAAAAACUGGGCAAAAGAAAGUAAGCUAGCUGUAUAAUCAAUUAAUCGUUAGUUUUUGUUUCAAGCUUGUCGAUACAAUAUAGACAUUUACAAGAAACUACAAAAUGAACUUGAAAGUGUACUUUUAAGAGAAUUUUCUUAGAUCACUCAAAUACUGCAUAUUAUAAAGUGAAUUUUUACUUAUAUUUUUUCACUUUUUAAGCUGAUUUUUAAUUUAAAUAUUUGUAUGGUUUGAGUAAUUUACGUGCCUUGUUAUGUCAAAUCUGCUGGCAUUCGAAAGGAAUUUUUUUAUACAUUAAGAUUUCUAAUUUGUAGCACUUUAUUUUUGAAUGUUUAAGGACAUGGAAGUGAAGAGUACUUUAUACCAGAUAAAUUAUAAAUCAUUUUAUAUUUAGAGACUGAAAGAUAUAAGUUUUAUACAUAUCGCAUAAUACAAGUUUUAGCUGAAAUCGUUGCAUGGGCUUUAAAUGAUAAUAACUUUAGAUGUGUAGUCAACUCUCAAUUUGCCCAAUAUACAGUGAAUUCAUCAUUUAUUGUGGUUAGCUAUUGGAUAGUACACAACUGAUAUUGAUUAGUAGACUAUUAUAAAUCUUGUAUUGUCUAAUAUAGGUUUGUACUUUUUACUGAUUUUGUAAAUCUUGUUUGUUUACUUAUUUUAUCAUUCAUAAUUUGCUAAAGAAAAACUUUUCUAUAAGUGUUAAUGUUUCUCCCAUGGAGUCCUUCAUAGAAAUCUCUUACACAAAGCUGUCAAUUCAAGUUUGAUUUUUUUCCCCUUUCUAAAGCCACUAGUCAGAACUGAUAACUUGAAAAAAAAAAAAAAAAAAAAAAAACUUAUGAUAGAUAUUUUUAAGGAAUUCUUAUUUAGCAAACUAUUAUUUGGUAAGUGCACCUCAUUAACAAUAAACUGCAACUGAUGUUUAUAUAAAUAAACUAUGCAAUUUGUAUAAACUAACUUAGAAAUAUUAUUUUUUUCCCUGACUGUCUAAAUGAGAAUCGAAAAAACAAAAAUUAGUUUUUUUAACUUUUAUCAUUAAAUUCAAAUUUUUUGCUCCAAAAUCUGCUCUUUUCUCAUAUAUGAGCAGCAGACUUAUAAAAUGUUUAAUGUAUGGCAAUGAAUUAUUUCUCCCCCUGUUUAGAUUAAAGCUUGUUGAUGUACAUUCUGUUAAAAAUGCAAAUAUUCUAGUCACAGUUUGUUAUGUUGCUGAGAUUAUAUCGUUGAAAUAUAUGUGUUAAAUUAUAAAUGUGCAAUAUUUUAACUUUUCAUUUGUAAUUGUUUUAAAAUACCAUUAUAGAAAAAUGAAAUAUAUGUUUAUUAUAUGAAUAAAUAUGUUCAUUUACAAUGAUGAAUGUUUAAGUUAA